AUGCGCCCACGACGGCUGCUGCUCUCGUUGCUCGCUGCAGGCAUCGGUAGUGCCAUAGACACCCCCGUCCUGCCGCCGCCACCGUCACUUCCGCCCAGCACCCACACAAGGCAGGUACUGCCCGCCUUGUCCGCAGCAGCAGCUGAAGAACAGGUUGUCGUUGAUCUUGUCGUUGGUCGUCGUCUCGGACCCGUCAAACAUGGCAGGCGAGGUGCCUUUGAGCCCGAUGACAAUGGUCGAGUUCUCCGUAUCGGCAAAGAUGUGCCCUCGCAGGCCGUCGGCCUCCCAGCCAAAGUCUUCGGUGUAGUUGAACCCGCCGCCUACGUCCUCCCAUUCUCCCGUGUCGGGCUCGAGUAUAUAGGCGUCCGAGGCCAUGCGCGCAAAGCUGAGGACCGUCUCUUGAUCCGUCACAUUGGGCCCCGCAAUCUCGUCCAUGGUCCAGUCGUCGUCGGCGAGCUGUACGGGCCUCCCCGUCAUUCUGCCCCAUUCGAGUAUGCCGUCAAUCGUCUCUUUGCUUCUGUCCGCCAGCCUCUGAAUCGUCAUGGCCUCCGACUUGACGCGCAGCCGCGGCACCGGCUCGCCGUCGGCCAUCGAUACUGCCGCCUGCCCGGCAACAUCGAGUCGUCUGUGCAAAGCGGGGUACUUGUAUGUGCCACGGUGGAAAACGUGUCGCAGCGAAAGCUCCUUGUCGGUGACCUGUACCACAAUGUCACGGCCUUGUACCCGAACGCCGAGGUGUGGAUGGCGGGUCAUUCUCUUGGUGGCGCCGUGUCUUCGUUCCUCUCUCUGACCUUUGGACAUCCGGCCGUCACGUUUGAGGCGGUGCCAGAAGCCAUGCCCGCGUCGCGCCUGGGCCUCCCCGUACCGUCGGGCCAUCAGAUAGGGUCGAUGCAGCAGCGCAAGUAUACUGGCGGCUUUCACUUUGGACAUACCGCAGACCCAAUCUAUAUGGGAACGUGCAAUGCUGCUACUAGUGUGUGCACGAUUGGGGGAUAUGCUCUGCAGAGCGUCUGCCACACGGGGCACAAGUGUGUGUACGAUACAGUCAAAGACUUUGGGUGGCGCGUGGGCAUUGGCACACACAAGAUUGUCGAAGUGAUCCGAGAUGUCAUCUUGAAGUACGACGCGCCUCCGAAAUGCGAGCCCUAUGUCGACUGCACCGACUGCUAUACGUGGGAAUACUUUGAGAGCAACGGCACCGAAACGACGACGAGCUCCAGCCCUACGACGACGUCAUGGUCAAGCAGUACCACUCGCACGAGGACGGAAACAUGCAAGACCCCGGGCUGGUGGGGAUGUCUCGACGAGACGACGACGACGACAAAGUCACAUGGCAAAACGACAGUGACGACGACGUCGACGACGUCGACGUGUAAAACGCCUGGCUGGUUUGGCUGCAAGGAUGAGACGACGACGCGGACAAGCAUGACCUAUACGUCGGCGACGGCGGCGCCAGCACCCACGGUGACGACGACGACGUCGUCUUUGCCCACGCCAACGUCGUCGUGCAGGUAUCCGGGGUGGUUUGGCGGAUGCCUGGACGGCGAUGACCCACCCAGCAAGACACAUGAUCACUCCAAGUCAAAGCCGACGCCGAUGCCCACGUCGAGCAGCACGUCUUGCACGUCGGAAGGUUUCUUUGGCCUCAUCUGCUACGAGUCGAAGAAGCACAGCAAAACAAGUUCAGAAGGGCCGGUAACGGAAAGGAUGGAAAUGUAG